CCUCCCACGCCUCCGCCAAUUCCCUCCUCCGCGCCACCCCGUGCACCUCCGCCUGCACGCUCAUCCUUUGCCUCCUGUUGUUCCACCGCCUUUGACCCAACCACAUCUCCCUCCACUCCUCCGCCCACAUCAUCGUCCCCAGCUCCAACACAAUGGAGCUAUCACCAACAUCAGCAAAGAAGGGCACCUCUGACUCCAACGUGCUCACCAAUGGCGAUCUCCUUCAGAAGAUCCUUCUCCGCCUUGGAUGCCCAAGCAGCCUCGUUAGUGCUGCGCUCACCAGCAAGCUCUGGCUACAUGGUGCCUCCAAGCAGGCGGGCUACCCACCAGGCCUACUCGGUAUCUACGUCUCUAGUGCUGGCAUCACUAGCUCGGAGUUCAUUCCACUCCUACAACCAGAUGCCUCUAGCCCGGAGGCGAGUGCUGUCCUCGCUGACUUUGGUUUCGGCAACUUGCCGACACCAAACGUUUGGGACUGCCGAAAUGGUGUGGUCCUCUUCGAGUUCGGUGGCAACGGUGAGACCUUCCACCACGCUGGUCUCGCUGUGCGCUCUCCACUACUAUACCCUGACAUGGACAAGCCCACAGUGCUCCCGCAGGCGCCGCAGUUGCUGACCUUCUCAGAGUACCCUCAUGAUAUGCUCCUUCCUGCCGACCAUGGCGACGGCACCUUGUGCUAUCGCGUAGAUGUCCGCACCAGUGAGUCUAAAAAUAUGGUCACGGUGGUGGUGUGUGUCCUGCGGUCUGACUCCUGGGCUGUCCACUGCAUAGCCACGGGUUCCCUCGCUAAGUCGCCGAUCCAGAUCCUGCCGACUACUGUGCUCGCUGGCGGCAAGAUCUACAUGGCAACCCAAGCAGGGUACAUCUUGGGACUAGACCUAGGCAAGGAGGAAUUCUUCAUCGUCGAUCUCCCUAAGGGUGUGGAGCUUGAUCAGUACCCAGGCAACCUUGUCCACUGCCGGGGGGAUGACUAUGUCCUCUACCUCUUCCAUGUGGAUAGCGAGAAUAGGCUCAAUGUCUGGCUCCGAAAGAUGAAAGAUGACCACGAGCACGAUGACGCUAGCACUGGUAGUGGUAGCGCCAACAAUGGGUGGGUGCUUAAGGAUAGCAUUUCUGUGCGUGAGACUUGUGGCCAUCUCAUGGAGCAAGAGGGUUGGGAGACGAUAGGCGAUGGGGAUGAGGACGCCGCUGUAGUAACGGUGGUUGGUGCUGGAGACAAUGCCGAGUUCGUGUUCUUGGAGCUCGGUAUAACUGGCAUCAUCGUGUGCAUGCAUCUCAAGACCAGGGAGGUGAAAAAGGUGUACCAGAGGGAGCCAGAUGAUGACUACUUGAUUAGUGUUCCUCCGUUCAUGUUCGUCAGGCCUCCUAUUUUACCAGUACAGGAUGCUCAUGAAGGCGAGGCUACACCGCAUCAGGAGUAAUCACAUCUUAGUGAAACAGGAUUCAACAUUGGAGAGUGGAGACCAUGCCGUGCUGCAGUGUCUUUUCCAGUAUUUGCUUUAAUUUUAUCAUUAUGUGAUUUCUGUUAUUCUAAAUUAUAAACAUGUUUGUGUGUUUGUUUUAA